UUUCUUCUUUGUCGUCCUACUGUCUUCCCUUUGUUAUUACUACUAUUCACCCUCCUCUUCUCUUCAUCGGUUCUUCAACCUUGAUCCAUUUUAUGUUUCUUUGUUCUUGGGGAAUACUAUAGAUUUAGGGGAGAAAAAAAUGUCAAUGGACUUGACAUCGGAACGUGUUUGGUAUGUUCAGUGCAACUUCUGCAACACCAUUUUAGCGGUUAGUGUUCCAUGCAACAGUGGGUUCAAUCUGGUGACUGUUAGAUGUGGGCAUUGUGCCAAUCUACUGUCUGUAAAUAUGGGGAACUCUCUUCAAACACUUCCCAUUCAAGAUGCUCAGGAGUUGCAGAAACAGCAGGUAGCCAAUGAUGAAGAUCAUUCAAAUAAGGAAUGUGGGUCGUCUUCCAAAUGCAACAAGUUUUCUGCAGAGCAUGAACCAACUAGAAUACCCCCAAUUCGCCCACCUGAAAAGAGGCAACGUGUUCCUUCUGCUUAUAACAGGUUCAUUAAGGAGGAAAUCCAAAGGAUCAAGGCUACUAAUCCAGACAUCAGCCACAGGGUAGCUUUCAGCACAGCAGCAAAAAAUUGGGCACAUUUUCCUCGCAUUCACUUUGGGCUAAAGCAGGAUGCGAACAAGCAAGCAAAAGUUGACCAGGGAUUUGCAGAUCCUCAAAAGUCUAAUGGGUAUCACUGAACACACAAUGCCAUCCCUCAUCAUCGUCGUCGUCAUAAUAUGUUUAAUUACUAAAUGUGUGUUGCUUUUCACAUUCUAUCCAUUACAUGCAGUUUCUCUCUACUCUACUGAAUGCACUUAUAUAUGUUUUAUUCAGGUCAUCUUUUUCAAUUAAACAAACAAUCCCAUGGAAUAAUUGUAUUGUGUAAUUUCAUUUAGUAACAAUAAUGGUAGUCUCAACCCUUUAUCC